UUAGAAUAUUAUUGAAAAUUGAGGAAAGAAAUCAACAAAUAAGAAAAUUCUUCCUAAUUUAAUUGUAAACGAAUACAGAAAAAUGGUUGUUUUCGCUCCAGAUGAAAUAGGACUAGCCGACAAGUCUCCCUGUGCUGGCAUCAGAGCUGAUCUCAAGAUGUGUUUGUUAAAUACGGAUUGCUGCAAAAAGGGCAAAAAAACACCGCGAGAAUGUUUAAAGUCAGGGGACGUCGGAGACGAAUGCCUGCAACUGCGACAGGCCUUCUUUGAGUGCAAACGAUCCUUACUGGACAAUAGAAGACGAUUUCGAGGGCACCGAGGAUACUGAAGCUAUGUAUGUCCAUUUGUUAUAGAAGUUUAGUUUAAUAUUUUAUUUUAAAACAACAAAUGUAGUAUUAACUAUUAAUUCUUGUUUUCCAAUAAAGUUACCAAAAAUGCUAAAAGAAAGUUUUUUUUUGUAAAAAUAAUUGGUCUUUUGUUACAUCUAUGAUAAGUAAACAUAUUGUAGGUGACAAAUUUGUACUUGUGGGCUGUUUAUGCUGCUCUGGUUAAGUUGAAUAUUAGCAAUUUUCGAAAUUACCUCCCUUUCAAAUUGUGAAAUCUCAAUGUAAAAUGAUGCCUAGUAACUUCUUUGUUUCUAAUGUAUCAGCAUUCUCACACACCUUAUGCACUACGAACUUGUAUAAUGUAUAUAUUUGUGUGGAAGACCACAACUCAUGCUAGUAGGUCAGUUGUGGUAAGAAGUUAAAUUACAUAAAGGACAAAAUAAAACCAUUUUACGUUUUAAAUUUUAUUACAAAAAUAAUUGAAAUUUCUUCAAUUUGCUAAUCAUCUAUUUUGCUUUCCAAGCAUUUGUUCAACACAUUUUUUUCAUUAGAGAUUUUUAAGAAGGUACAAAAUAUCUAUUCAGCAGAAAAAUAUCUAAGAUAUUGUUGCUAACUGAAAAUAACGGGAUGUGAAUUAUAAUAUAGCCAGCCGGUCAAACAAGUUGGUCACUAGAAAAAGGCGCGAAAUUGAAUUUUUUGAUGAGACAAUAAAUAUUGGCGCUUACGUUAUUUAAAUUUGCCAUAUUUUUCUAGUGACAAAUGUAGCUUGGCAGACUUUAUUUUUUAAAUUUAAUAAUAAAAACGAAUGAUUUCUAUUUGGAAGUCAGCAAUUUUAAAAUUUCUUUGAGAAGGUAAAUGUUAACUUCUAAGGGAUAAAUCUAUAACUAUCUAAUGUUUUAUUUAAUUCAAAUUGUUUCAGAAUGUCCAAAUCCUUCUCACACUAAUUAUUUAAUUGGCAAAAGUUAAAUUGUACUAUUCUUACCCAAACAAUCUUACUAUAAGGUGGACCACUUAACCUGUGGUUAAGUAGUAGUCCUCUGAUAAUUAUAAAAAGCAAUAACUACCCUAGAUAAUUAACAAAUGCAAGCCUUUAUUGCUUCCUACGUAUCAACUAGAUUUAGCACCAUAGCAAAAAUAAUCGUGCCUUGAAAAUAACCAGUAGGUAUUUAAUUUUUUCAUAAAACUUUCCAUGCAAUUUUGUUUCGAGUAAGUACAGUCGCCAUCAGAUAUACCGAAGAGGUCGGAGCUUUCAAAAAUAUCUGAACACGGCUUAAUGCCUUGACAAUAAAUGCGUGUUCAGAUAUUUGUGAGCACCCUGACCGCUCCAGUAUAACUGAUGGUGACUGUACCUAAUAGGUUUAAGCCAUCCUGUUUUGAGCACUUGAAUGUAACCUCUACCUAUUUUUGUUAUUAUUGAUCACAAUAUUUCAUACGUUUUUUGUCAUUGCCCAAAAAUGAUUUCAUAACAGUAUAAUAGUGUUUUUUUUUCUGUUAAAAUGGAAAGCUGCCUGCACCAAUAUCAACCAACUAUAUUGUAAACUCUUAUUGUUUAUAAGUAUUUAUUCCCUAGUUUUCUUUUCAAAUAAUCGAGUCAGUUUUAAAACAUCCAAUAAAACAUCAGCAUCACUUUAUAAAAUAUAUGAAGACAAACAAAAAAUAGACAAAAUAUUAUAAAUAUUGAUUUAAAUAAAUAUAAAUGUCAAAGUUCUGUAUUAUUUUAGCCACAAACAAUAUGGUAAUUGACAAAGAUAAAAUAGAACAAUUUACUUAUAAUUAAAUAACAAAAUAAUUUAAUACGUAAUAUAUCUGAACACUUAAUUAAUUUAUUAUUUGUGCAUUACAGCAUUGAAGCGUAUCUAUUUAUUUUAAUAAUUCAAGAGCUAAAAUAUUUUACAUAUAAUAACUUGUUUGAUUCCAUAAAUUUCCAGCUUUGCACAUUAUAGUGACUUAUCCUAAUCUUAAGUAUAUUAUAUUUGAAAAUAUGGAUAAAUUGGGAGGAAAAUCUUUGCCAUUGUGUACCUAUUCAUAUGCGAAGGAAAGAGUUUUUUUAAAUAAAAAUUAAAUCUUCUUGAUUUGGUUAACGAACACCGAAGUACCUUAACAAUGUAAAUUCAAAUAUUUUUGGCAUCCCAGGUAAUCAAUUAUUACCUAUUAACUUGCACAGGAUGAGAUACGCGAGAAACGCCUUUUCUAAUAUAUUUAAUCAAUACUUUUAUACAUUGAAGGUGUAGUUUAAAACUAAAAUGUACAGUCCAUCGGCAAUAACAUCGUACAACGGUAUUUUCAAAAAUUGGGACCCAUAAUUAGUGAAAGUUGUUAACAAAAAGUAACUCGAUGUCAGUUUUGUGACGACAAUUAAGGACGAAUAAAAAUAUUGCUUUUGUGUUAAUUACAUUAAAAUAUAAGCAAUAAUCUACAUUUAGAAUAUGAACAAAGUUGGUUUUUAGACAAUUUUCUUAAUUGUCGUGACAAAACUGACAUAGAGUUAAUUUUUAACAAUUGUCACUAAUUUUGGGUCCCAAUUUAUGAAAAUGCCCACAAAAGAAGGCUGCAUAAAUUAUAUCUUAGUUCUGACACACUAACAUUGUGUCAGAUAUUUUAUCGACCUUUUUUGUGCGAUGUUCCUGCGGGUGACUGUAUCUAUUCGCAGAGCUGUGUGUAAAACAGUCAUAAAAUAAUAAUGGCUGCAAAUGCCAUGAGUACAAUUAUAGAUAUGUGUCUCAAAAAUGAUUUAGCAGGUCUUUUGUAUUGUCUCAUACAGAAGCUAAGUCAGUUCAAAAUUAGGUAUGUUUUUUUUGCAAGCUUAAUAAUCGAAAUGCUCUCAAUUCUAUAUUAUAAAUAUCAAUUAAAUCCACGUCUAAAAAGUCGAAAAUAGCUUGUGUUACCGGCCUCGAGAAAAGCUAAGUGGUCUAAAAAAAAUACAACGUUAUUAUAGGAAACACAACUGAUCAAAUUGUGGCCAGUUAAAAAAAUAUUGCACAGAAUAUUCUACAAUAUAUUGAUCAAAAAUUUGCCAAAAUAUUGCAUUCUGAAUCAUUUUUUUACGUAUGUCGGAUACCUGUCUAAAGUUCUUACUAUUAGGUUAAUUAUUUUUCGCAUAGGUAAGUUUGUUACAAUUAUAAUGGAUAAAAACCAGUUGUGUUCCUGAAAACAGCUCGCUUAAAGGCCAAACCUCGACAAAUGUGUAAACGCACGUGUUCUUUUGUGAUGUGCUUUUCCGGGAAAAUUCCACACGCAGGGAAUAUUCCUUAUGUAAGGAAUUUUCCCGGGAACGUAAAUUGACUGUAGGUAAGUAUUACGCGCCCGUUCUCCGUAAGCAUUUGGCGUAACUGGGUCUUUAAUAGGCUUCUACAGUUCUAUGUUUCUUACAUGAUAUGUUGUAGGAUAUGUGAGGAACUAUAAGAGUGAGAAAUAUCAUAAUACCAUCCUUCUAAUUCCAAUACUUUCGGGUCUUUGGAAGACGAGUUUUGAUUCAGGGUUUCUUACUCUGUUUUACCUCCUAUCCCUCGUCUACCAGCUAAGCGUGUAAUCAUUCGCAGCUUGAUAUCGUAGAAGAAGUUUUAGAUGCAUAAGUAAUUUCAUAGCUAAUUCUAGUUUCCACAUAAUAACUUUUGCACUAUUAUUGUUCUUAUUAGACAGUUACUGUUAGGCUGGUUUUAGUGUCACGCGGACAACCCGCGCGGAGCGAUCCGCACUGGACUAAUAAUGUGUUAAGACGAUACAGGAGCCAAAAUGAUAAAAUGG